CUUUAUGCGAAAGUAAGUAGGCGUAGCUACUUACUUAUAAGUUUGGAGCGCAAAGAUCUGUUUUUAGAAUGGUGACCUCGCCGAGUUGACCUCCAUUACAAUGUUUUCUGAACCGACGAUCCUGUGCCACGAUCAAUCUAACGAGUCAUCAAGAACGACAAGAAGAUCUACGUGGAGCCGAAAGCACAGGUCCAAUUUAUCCGCGCAGGUAUUCAAUCCGUGUUUGUAUGUAAGUACUAAGUCAGCGUAAUCAUGCACACUAAUCUGACCGUACCCAUCGCACAUCACAUGAAACAACGAUACCAGGCCGCAAGACGGUUGCCGUUACCGCCUGGACCACCUGGACGUUGGCUAUUAGGAAAUACGAUGCCAAAGUCACAUGUGCCGUUUCAAUUCGCGAGAUGGACAGGAACAUUAUGGGCCUGCCAUAGGAUUUUCGUAGUUAUAGGAAGUCAUCAGGCUGCGACAGAUAUCAUGGAAAAAGAGGGAGCAAAUCUUGCCGACCGCCCGCGUUCUAUUGCAGUGCAAGAGACGUUGUCUGACGGGUUGGGAGUGCUGCUUCAGGGCUCUGGUGAAAGGUUGCGUCGGCUGCGCAGGGUCUUGCAUGCAGGCUUGCAACCCAAAGUUGCAGAGUCCUAUGAGCCCAUCCAGACGAGACAUGCAAAGAAUCUGGUUCUAGAUGUCUUGAAUGAUCCAAAGAACCACCAAGGUCAUGCCAUGCGUUAUUCAGCUUCGGUGGUCAUGUCCUUCACCUAUGGAAAAACUACUCCGACUUCAUAUGCAGAUCCUGAAGUCGUCGCCGUCAAUAAGGCUCUUGCGCGUUUUGGUCAAGCUAUCAGGCCGGGAGCAUACCUUGUGGAUACGUAUCCAAUCCUGCGUUUCGUUCCUGGCUACCUGAGUCAGCUGAAGGCAUGGCAGAAAGAAAACCUUGCUCUCUAUGACAGGCAGUUGGACACGGUGCGAAGGCAGAUGCGUGAGGGGAAUACAAGGCCAUCCUUUGCGAGGUUCAUGUUAGAGCACCAGAAAGAGUACCAGCUCGAAGACAAGGACUUGGCAUACAUUGCAGGAGCGAUGUUUACGGCUGGUUCUGAUACGACUGCGUCCGCAAUCACAAUCAUGAUGAUGGCUGCUGCCACUCAUACAGAUGCGCAGGCUCGCGUACAAGAGGAACUCGAUAACGUCGUGGGGCGUAUGCGGCUGCCGACGUUUGGUGAUCAGGAAAUGCUGCCGCAGGUUACCGCGUUCAUGCUCGAGAGUCUCAGGUGGAGACCUGUCAGUCUUGGAGGCUUUGCGCAUCGCGCAACUAAGGACAUCAUUUGGAAGAACUACCUCGUUCCGGCAGGUGCGACUGUUAUUGGCAACCAUUGGGCUAUCGCAAACGACCCUGAGGUCUUCUCAGAACCACACAGGUUUAAUCCCCAGCGUUGGAUCGACGAUGCAGGUCGUGUGCGCAGUGAUCUCCGGUUUUUCACUUUUGGCUUUGGCCGUCGAGUGUGUCCUGGUCAACAUGUCGCGAAUCGGUCGGUCUUCGUCAACACGGCUCUUAUCUCGAAGAUUGACACACUUGCAUUCUCGGACACUGCAAACAUACGUGCUGCUCCGUUUGAGAUAUGUUUUGCGAAGAGGAUCGACGAGAACGUGAUCAGGGAACUAUGCGCACCGGGCAAAUAAGAGGCGUUUAUUCUAGAAACUUGAAUCUUUGUGCAAAGGAAUUGGUCUUGCGUUUUGGAGUCUUUUCGUUGUCUGUCCAACUCAAACUCGUCGUUACACCUAACUUUGUAUAUCUUCAAACAGGCACAAUUGUAAUCAUGAACUGGCUCCCCUUGGUGUUACCACGCAUCAUGUAUCUCUCGAUACACUGCGAUAGUCUCCAAGUCGCGUGGCUGAUCAUGAGCCAUUUACAGACAGCCCCCGGACAAAAUGAAGUAUAGUACUCAAGUGCUAUCAUAUGCCAUUCAAUUAUUCCGCCACCACCCAUGCACUUUCUUUUUCUAGCUGGCCCAAACGAAGAGCAGACAACUUAACUUUGCUCUCAAAGUUGACGUGUUUCAUUGUAUACUUCUCACUCUCAUGG